AUGGCCAGGAGGGUGUAUAUACACUCAAGGUUGGCUCUUCAAAAUGGGGCUUUUUCAACAUCCACCAAGAAAUGCAAGAGCUACAAGUUAGUGGUGGUGGGCGGCGGUGCGGGAGGAUGUGCGACAGCCGCCAAGUUCUCCUCCAAGCUGGGUCAGGGCAGUGUUGCAGUCAUUGAGCCAGCUGAUAUGCACUACUACCAGCCCAUGUGGACAAUGGUGGGGGGCGGCAUGAAGAAUUUUAAGGAUUCAGGGCGUCCCAUGAGUCAGGUCCUCCCGAAGAAGGCAGACUGGAUCAAACAAAGAGUAGUGGGCUUUGACCCUCACAACAACAAGGUCAUGACGGAAGAUGGCCAGGAGGUCAACUAUGAAUUCCUGGUUGUUGCCCUCGGCCUUCAGCUCAACUAUAAUCAGAUCAAAGGUCUUCCCGAGGCCUUUGAGACUCCUGGUGUGUGCUCCAACUAUUCCUCACUCUAUGUCAACAAGACUCUGGAAGCACUCAAGAACUUCAAGCAAGGCAACGCUCUCUUCUCCUUCCCCAACACCCCAAUCAAGUGUGCCGGAGCCCCACAGAAGAUCAUGUACAUCUCAGACGAAUAUUUCCGCAAGCAUGGUAAGCGGGACAAGGCCAACAUCAUCUACUUCACGUCCCUGCCUGUCAUUUUUGGAAUCAAGAAGUACGCUGAUUCCCUGUGGGAGGUAGUAAAGAAGAAGGACAUCACUGUUAACCUGCGUCACAAUCUCAUUGAGGUGAAGCCAGACACUCGGGAGGCCGUGUUUCAGAACCUGGACAGCCCUGACGACCUUCAAACACUGCCAUACGAGAUGCUGCACGUCACCCCCCCCAUGAGUGCACCAGACCCCCUGCAUAAUUGUGGUCCAUUGGUGAACGAGACUGGGUACCUCAAUGUGAACAAGCACACACUGCAGCACGUCACCUUUCCCAAUGUUUUUGGCAUUGGGGACUGCACCAGUGUCCCAACCUCCAAGACUGCUGCCGCUGUGGCUGGCCAGUUUGGAGUCAUGCGAAGGAACUUGAGUCUGGUGAUGGCUGGUGGUUCCCCUAGGUAUGAGUAUGAUGGCUACACCUCCUGCCCUCUGGUGACUGGCUACUCGUCAGUCAUCCUCGCUGAGUUUGACAUGGACGGCAACCCACUGGAGACGUUUCCAAUCAACCAGGCCAAGGAGCGGCGCACGAUGUUCCACCUCAAGAAGGACAUGAUGCCGCCAAUGUACUGGUAUGGAAUGCUCAAGGGCAUCUGGGAGGGACCCAAGUACAUGCGGAAAAUUCUGCACCUGGGAAUGUCAAAAUGAGUGUAAAUUGAGCUGUGAGGAAAGGUUGUCAUGUGUAAACUUUUGUACACGUACAGAAAUAUUUAGUAAGCAAGUUAUGAAAUUGUUCACGUUUACAUGGUAUAUAUAUAUAUAUAUAUAUAUAUAUAUAUAUAGAUAUAUAUAUAUAUAUAUAUAUAUAUAUAUAUAUAUAUAUAUAUAUAUAUAUAUAUAUAUAUAUAUAUAUAAAGUUUGAAUGUGCUUUUUAGAUGAUAUAUAAUUAUGACUAAAUGUGAUAACAUAUCUGUGAUACUGACACAUCAGAUUUAUAACUGCUUUCAGUAAAUGUAAAAAAAUACCACAGUUAAAGAUAAAAUAUAUGUAAAAAAGUUAUUUGCAAUUUUUUUUAGUAAAGCAUAAGAUUUACUACAAUGACAGCUGCAGUAGCUAUUUAUGCAACUAAGUUAAAUGUUUUUAUUUUUUUAUUAAUCAAAAGAAGGCUUAAGAAAAGUCUUGAUCAUGUAUGUAGUAGCACAAAUGGGGUUGUACUGGUAUGUGGAGGAUGCCUGAACAAAGAGAUCAACAGUUUCUAUGCAUUUUUGUACACAGUGAUACAUGGUUGCUGGUGUUGAGAGAAUGCUGGCCAGGUAAUUAAAUGUAGUCUGUUAAUAAAGAUGGUUAUCUGUUAA